CGAAACGCUGGUGUCUUCCUCCUGGCGUAAGCUUGGUGCAGGCAUGAGCUAGAUUUGGAUGCGUGAGUUACGAGAUCUUCGUGGCAAUAUGGCUGGAGAAAGGUCAUUUUUGUUCUAUGCAUUAAUUACCAGAGGUAAUAACAGCUACUGUGCCUUAGGAAAGGCCAGCGAAGCCAGCCAGCCAAGCUACCCAAGCCUGUGGCAGCGACGCGUGCCGUGCCGGCGGAGGCUGGAACAUCAUCCUAGAAAGAUAACAUCACUGGCGAGUCCGUUGAGGUAGAGAGGAACAAGCUGGUGUUCUUCGAAGGCGAGAUAUUGAGCUUCGAUUUGGAAGAUUUGCUAAGAGCUUCUGCAAAAGUUCUAGGCAAAGGAAGCGUGGGAAUGUCCUACAAGGAGGUGCUAGAAGGAGGAACGACGGUGGUGGCGAAGAGAUUGAAAGAGGUGGCUGUAACAAAGAAAGACUUUGAUGCUCAGAUGGAGGUUCUGGGCAAGAUUGAGCACGAGAAUAUUUGUUCCUCUCAGAGCUUACUAUUACUCCAAAGACGAGAAAUUGCUCGUCUAAGAUUAACUCCCAUCUGGCAACUUGUCUGCUCUGCUUCAUGAGAGUACUGGAGCACUGCAAAGAUGCUAAGACGCAACAGAAAGCUGUGGAUGAGAUUUUAGGAGCUGUUAGCCUGUUAGCUCAGGAUCACAAUGGAAAUUAUGUUGUUCAGCAUGUGCUAGAACAUGGGAAGCCACAUGAGCGUUCGGCUAUUAUAAAGGAAUUAGCUAGCAUGAUACUUCAAAUGAGUCAACAGAAGUUCACCUUCAAUUUUGUAGAGAAGUGCUUGACAUUUGGAGAUUCUUCUGAAUGCCAGUUACUGGUGAAUGAGAUGCUUGGCUCCAUGGACGAAAAUGAACCCCUUCAAGUUUAAUUUCUUAAAACAUUUUCUAUAGCUUUUUGAUAAUAUAUAAGUCUUUCCCUUUUUCUCUGUGGCAGCCAGUCAAUGCUUAUUUUAUAUUUGAGUCAAUUCAUCUGAGACAAUAUGGUUGUUGAUCUUGGGAGUCUCUUGUUUCCUAUGAUUACUUGGGUUUGGAUUCUUAACAAACUGCUAUAUUUGACUUUGAAUCUUUGCU